AAUUUUGACAUUUGACAACAAAAGAUACUGAAUGAAGUCAUUCAUUUUCAAUAAAAAAUGUAGACAGCUGUCAGAUGAACAAAAUUUGUUAGUCUCUCCAAGUCAAUGUACAUACUUUGAAAGAAAAUUUUAAAAAAUCUAUAAAAACGUAUAAAGUUUAGAAAAAAAUGGGUCACCAUGCACGAGGCGAUUGCAAAAAAUUGAUUUAUACUUCAGAGGAAGAAGAUUCUUACCAAAACUAUACAACUGUUACUACUAAUACAAUUAGAAUGAUGUCAAGAUUACAUCUGCACCACAAACGAUUUAAUCUACCUAGUACAUCCGGAGAAGCUGUAGGUUUUUGUGCAUAUGGAAGAUUGAAAAUUUUUCAAAUAUGACAUGCGAACCUCCGGUACCUAUACCACCAAUAUCGGACGAUACUGACCGACAAUUUUGGGCUGAAGAUGAAUUGAGCAGUACUGAAUCAAAACAGCAUAUGUUAAUCAGAAGAAAACGAAGACGUAAUUUAACCUACAGGAAUCGUACUUCAGUAUACCGGAGUCGUUCAGUUCGUUAUUAUUCCUCGAGUUCAAGUUCUGAUCCCAUUGACCAAAAUAUACCACCAUCAGUUUUAAAGAGACGAAGACGAUAUCUUCUUCGUAAAGGUUUAACUACUGGAAAAAUGACAAAAGGAGAUAGAAACGUAACUUCUAAGCAAGAAAAAACAUCUUGUUCGUCAUCACGUCUAAGAAAGUCAACGAUUGACAGUAAUUUUUUAAUAGACAACCAAAAUCCUGUACUCUCUAAACACAGAAUGAAUUCAAAUACGCCUACGGUGCCUGCACAGAAUCAGCCGCUCCUGACUCACUUCCUAAUACAUUUUAUCGAAUGCAGUUGACUAUCAACGGAUGCUGUGCCAGUUGAAUAAGAGUAAUCAUUUGUUUUGAUGUAUGCCAGAAUUAU